UCAAGCCUCACUCGAGCGCACGUUUUCAUGGACUAACAUGUGCUUGCUCGAGCGAUAAACGGGCUUGGAUUGCCGGGCGUUCUUUCCACAGUCGUCGUAGUACUAUCGGUUGCCGCUAGAUGGCAUCUGCUGUACUGUUUUACGUUUGAAGCUGCUUCGGGCGUGUUUCAUCGUGCCAGGGGAAUUACCGCGGUUUUGUUGCAGUAGAAAUGGCAAAGAGAUCGCGCGAGAGUGACGAAUUUUUUGAACAUGAAGAAUUUUAUGCUUCUUCUGGUUCAGAAGCUGAUAACUGCAGUUCUGAUUCUUUGUAUGAACCAUCUGAAUAUUCUGACACAUCAGGUUUGUAUGCAAUUAUUCAAAACCUGCCGAAUGAGCUUGAAACUUGUUUUACCUAUGUAUAAAAAUUAUUAUUUUUGUACAUAUCUUACCCAGGAUGUUUUUUUAUUACAGAUGAAGAUUUUGCAAAAAUAAGGAAACAGAAGAGCAGUUUUACACGGAAAACGGGACUUUCACAAGCUCGUCCAUCACAGACACCUGAUACAGUUACUGAUAGUGCUUCGUAUUUUUUUCCCCUUGUGUAUUGUAGAUAUUUUACAUUAGCUCUUGGACCCUUACAUGUAAAUGUGAAUGUCACAUUAUUAUUUUUUAGAUGAAGAUGAUGUUCCGCUAGUCCACAUUGCGCAGCUGAGCAAUGCGAAUAGACAAGACCACUCGGAUAAACCUAGCACAAGUAACGUUUCUGAUUCCAAUACAAGAACACGAUUACUAGCAAAUGAAAAACCUGGAGUCAAUCGCUGGGUAUCAAUGGACAACCAACCACAGCUGCCUGUUUUUGAGGAAGCAUCUGGCAUUCUUAUCGACAUUGAUGAAACUUCCGAUGAACUUACCCGUUUCUCUAAUUUUUUUGGCACAGACGUCAUAAAAAAUAUAAAGACUGAAACAAAUCAAUAUGCAGGUACCAUGAUUGACAAAAUGAAACGGGCAAAAAAAUUGAAACCAAAUUCAAUGUGGCAGCGUUGGACUACGGUCAAGCUUCAAGAAAUAUAUUACUUCUUUGCAGUGAUCAUUCACAUGUGCUUGGUCAGGAAACCCAAGAUAACAGAUUAUUGGUCAAAUGACAACAUAAUGCACACUCCAUUUCCUGGGCGUCUCCUUAGCAGAGACAGAUUCCGGUCAAUAUUAUUCAUGUUACACAUAAAUGACAAUGCUACUUACGUACCAAGAGGGCAAGAAAAUCACGACCCUCUACAUAAAGUCAGGCCGUUUUUCAAUCAUUUUGUCCGUCAAUGUAAGGCCUGUCUUUAUCCAUCAGAAAACCUGACAAUUGAUGAAGGAAUGUGUCCUUUUCGAGGACGUUUACACUUCCGCGUUUAUAUAAAAAAUAAACCUCAUAAGUAUGGUAUAAAGUUAUAUAUUCUUUGUGACACCAAUACAGGAUAUGUCCUAAACUGUGAGGUUUAUACUGGUGGUGCUGGAAGUGUGGAAAACUCUAUUGAGAGUCUUGUCCGGAGAGUGUGUCAUGAUUAUUUUCAUAAGGCGCACACAAUUUACAUGGACAGAUUUUAUUCAAGUCCUACAUUAUUCUAUAAGUUAUGGGAUGAAAAAACCCUGGCUGUGGGUACGGUACAAAAAAACCGCAAAGGCUUGCCACCUGAACUGAAAUGCAAAGAACUUGCAAGAGGUGAAGCAAUUUUUCGCAGGUGCGGUCCUUUGUUGGCUGUAAAGUGGAAGGACACACAUGAUGUGUACUGCCUCUCCACAAAGCACAAAGCCACAUGCAGUGAAGUCACUGUAAGAGGUAGAGGUGGCUUAGUUGCUAAAACCAAACCCGAUGUUGUACUUGACUACAAUAUAAACAAAACUGGUGUUGAUCAUGUUGAUCAAUUACUCAGUUACUACCCCUUUCAAAGAAAAUCAAUGAAAUGGUGGAAGAAAAUUUUUUUCCACCUUUUUUUGAUGUCAAUCAUAAAUUCAUUCAUUUUGUUCAAAAGAUCCAGGGCUGAUGGCAACAAAACAAGUUUGGAAAACUUCAUGAGAGCUCUCGGGAACCAGCUGGCUUCAUAUGGUGCUACCGAUACAGACGUUCAAUCAUCAUCAUCCUCAUCCACAGAUUGAUUGUCUGCUCGACAUUUUCCGAAGAAAAUUCCACCAACCGAAAAAAAACUCAACCCUACCAGAUACUGUAAAGUAUGUUCCGAUGUAGGCAAAGCCAACAGUGGAAAACGGCUGAGGAAGGAAACUCGUUGGUGGUGCGAAGACUGUGGCUUUGCUCUGCGCGUGCCAGGGUGCUUCCAAAAGUUCCAUACUGAAUCAAAAUUUUCAUAAACAUAACCAAAUAAAAAUUAUUUACGUAUUCAUAUAUUGGUAUUAAUUUGGAAAUGUGAAAUAAAUGUUAACUUAACUGGAUUUAAAUAAAAAUUAUAGCAAUGAAUACUAUUAAGUGUGUAAGAGAAAUUUUUUUAUUUAUGUAAAACAUAGUUUAUUAUAAAAAAUAAAUUAUCAGUAACUAAAAGAGAUAAAAUCAUGUUUUAAAGUGUAUUAAAAAUUGUAAAAUCUAAAGUUUUUUAUCGUGUAAAAAGUAUUUUUAGUACCAUAUAUGUUAUUUAAAUUAAAAAAAUGGAAAACCAUAAAAAAAACCUAGUAUUCAGUGAUUUAAACCAGUCAUAAGCAACAGACUCGAAUGUGUUAACUUGGAUACGUGAUUAUGGAACUUUUACUACAUUAUCAAUUGGUAGACAAAACAAUGACAAUUUGUAGUCAACAGAAUAAAAUUCAUGUAAAAUAUUUAGUUUAGGUGCAUCUGCCUUGCAUCAUACGUGUGUGCUCUGUUUACUCGCCAUAUUUGAAGUAACGGCCGUUCUAAGCACAUUAAAUUUACAUGUUCAUGAAUAUAAUAUCUUACAUAUACAUUUACUAUUUACAAUACUAUUUACGUCGUCCACCAGCACUUAAAAUUAGGUUAGGAAAAUUGAAAAGCCAUAUUUAGCUCUCGCUGUAUGAACGCACAUUAUACAUUUACAAAAAGAAAAUAACAGUUUCUUACGUGUGGAAAGUUAAUCCACCACAGCUGCCGAAUCUAUUAGUGUAACCAAAAGCUGCACAAGCUUUCACCAUCACGUGUAUUCAGCGAUAAAUUAAAAUGGUGCCAUUCAAAACAAUGUAAGCAUUCACAUUUUUGCCACCACUAGCUCUAUCCUUGUCUUUUAACAUCGUCUGCUAGGUGCUUCAUGUUUGCUUCCACACUUCCACUCCAUAGUCGAUUACCUCCAUGGUCUGGGCAGAGCGUUGAGUGUGUUAUACUGUGCAUGCGCAGCUCAGAGAACAGAGAGAGCCAGCCGGCGGCUACGCCGCACCGUAACAACAGCUGAUCGAGUAUAAUGACCUUUCUCCGCGCACGGCGCGCGAUUGACUGUAAAUUCCCAUCAAUUUGCGGCCUUUUUUUUUUUAAUUUUUUUUACUGUGGCACAAUGCGUAUGUGUAAUGUAGCCCGUAUUUGUUCUGAACGCUGCAGGAUGCGACUGUAUUUUAAUUAACUUUAACGUAUUUUUUACAAUUUUUCAUAUUUUUAAACUUUUCUUUCUUUUGAAAAUCUGUACGUACGACCGAGGUGUACGUACGAACCGGGGGCCGCGAGCGAGGUUUUACUGUAGUUGGGAACACUUGAUGAACG